AGAGAGAGAGAGAGAAAGAGAGAGAGAGACGCCAGUCCCAUUAUCAUACAAGAGGUGAGGGAAGCUAACUCAGUUUGGUAAUCAUCACACCACUUCUCCAUCGGAGAGCCAGUGAGGAACACCAUGGAGAAGGAAAUACCCGUCACCUUCGAAGAGAAGGCAGAGGUGAACCCACGCGUAGGAAAAACGGUUCUCGUUAAGCCAGGCGAUACGAUAUUACCGAUCAAGUAUAAAAGUUAUGCCAAGGCCAUCUAUAACUUCGAAUACAAAGGUGAUGAUGUCUGCUUGUUCACUUACCCCAAAAGUGGCACGACCUGGGUGGCCGAAAUCAUCUGGGCCAUGACGCACAUAGAUGAACUUCAAAGGGCGUUGACCGAGAAUCUUAGUCAGAGAUAUUUUUUCAUAGACAAUGAUUUCGUGCAAGAGUUACCAAUGGAAGGACACAUAGAAAAACUGAAAGCCAAAUGUCCCGGUGCAAAGGAAGACGGAGUAAUCAUGCAAUUGGCAGCACUGGAGAAAGGACGCCGGCUAAUAUGGAGUCACCUGCCUUUUGACCUCCAGAAUCCGGAUAUCCUCGAUAAAUGUAAAGUCGUUAGCGUAAUGCGUCAUCCAAAGGACAACAUGUUCUCCCGAUACAUGUUUUUUAAAAAGUUCGUGGACAUCGGCCUUCCAAAUAUGGCCUGGACUUUCAUGACCGGGAAUCCGAUCUAUGGCAAUUACUGGCAUCACGUCAGUGAGGCCUGGAAAAGGAGGAACCAUCCCAACUUGCACAUCAUGUUCUACGAGGAUAUGAAAGUGGACAUCAUGGCUGAACUCAAGAAGCUGAACGAGUUUUUGGGAACGAACUUGAAUGAAGAACAGCUGAAGGAGGUCGCCAAACACACCAGCUUCGACAACAUGAGACAGAAUCCUACAAUGACGAUGACCUCCGGAAGACUUCAAGGAUCCUUCUUCCACAAGGGCGAAGUGGGUUCCUCGAAGGGACAACUUCCACCGGAACUCGAUGCUCAGAUGGAUGCUUGGAUCAAGGAAAAUGCCUUGAAAGUGGACCCCGCCUUCAAAUACCUUUCUUAAAUAAACAUGUAGAAAAUUAAACUACUUUUUUUUUUCUUUUACUCAAACCUAGACCC